UUUAGUUUAGUAAUGUCAGAGACCAUUCCAGAUCGCCUUAACUUUUAUAAGAAAAGAACUGAGAGGAAAAGAACAGGCCGUUCACUUGAAAAAUUUAGUUCAAAUCAUACUACUUCCUCAAACAUAACUUUGUCAAACUCAAGAGCAAGAAUAAAUAGUGUAUUUAGAUUUAAGUUGCAAAAUCUUAACGAUGCAAGAAACCAGAAAAAGAUGAGUCAAAGUAUGGUUCGCUCUAAGAGAUUUGAUACAAAUUCUGACCAGGUCAGUUCCCAAAGAGAUGCUAGUGAGGAGAAGAACUCUCCAAUUAUUCUAAAGAAACAUCGGGUAUUGAAAUAACAGAUUUGCAAAACCCAAGGGACAUCCUAAGAUUGAAGAACAAAAAUCAAUACAAGGGAUAUCUAAGGGACCCUUCCAGGGCAUUAUCACCCCAGUAGUCCAAAUUUCCUACAACCAGAUUCGAAGUGAGAAAGAAAUCUUGAUCAAACACUCAAGUCAACCAGAAAAACAGAACAAAGCAAGUUUGAAGUCCCAGCACGAAGUACCGACUUACAAGCAGCCUAAGCUGAUGAGCGACCAGCACAAAAGGGAGUAUGAAGGAUUUCUGGGGUUUUAAAAUUUUGAAGGAUGAGAAGAGGAAUUCGGGAGACUGGUUGGGCCAUGGGAUAGAUCGAGCUGUGAAAGAAAUUAAGGAGAUUGAUGAGGAAGUGAGUGAUGGGGUUGAUGAGUGAAUGCCAGGGGAGAAUAUGUUGACAAAUCGGGCUAAUUCGGUGAAUGAAAGUUUUCAAAUGAAUAAAAGAAGCCUGAGUGAAAUGCGAAGGUCGUGAGAAGUCAAGGUGGUCGUCAAUAAGCCGUCUUGAGGAGUUUUUAGUAAGCUGAAAGAUAGAAAUAAAAAUCAAAUGUUGACCACUCUUAAUGCUGUCAAGGUAGUGUCAAUAAACAAUCUGACAGAUUCUACGAAAAGUGGUGAAAGAAGCAACACUGGGCGUGGUGUUUCGGGAAGAAAGGGUAUAUCCUCAGACAUUAACAUAAAAUUAAACCCAACUCCAGAAUCAGGGAGCUUAAUGCUAAAUACUUCAUGUAACAACAACUCUAUUUCUUCUCUAAAACUAAGUGAGAAGAAUUGUCAGAUUGAUUUAGUAAACCAGACUAAGUUAGAUCCUGUCUAUUCACCUCUCGCUCGUGAUCGGAGUCACACUAUAAAUUCUAAUAAAGAAAAGACAAUUCAGAAAUGUAAAUCUUCAAAAUCGAUAUCUUCAACUGGCAAGGUGCAAAAGGAUAGUUCCAAGCCAUCCAAGAACAUAUUUCAGAAUACUCCUUUUAAGAACAUUAAGCUGUCUUCUCGGAAGCGUCAGAACAAAGGAACUCCUGGGCCUUCAAAUCUUGAAUAUGAAGAAUUCGGAGGAAAAUGAAGAUUCCUACAGAAAUCUAGAGGUGUGAACCGUAAAGAGAAAGUCUCUGGCAAAGCCUCCCACUUGGCGAAGAACAAUGAUGAUGUCCAAAAAGUCCGUGAUGCCAUCCUCAGCUCUAUUGAUAACUCGAAUACUGAAUAUGGAGCUUAUGAACGUCGAAAAUUAAGGUUUCUCAAUUCAAUCGAUGAGAAUAAAGAUCUUGAUCUGUUGAAGAAUAAAUUUAGAGAAUCUCAGCAUAAGCGAAAAGAGAAGUCUCAUAAAUAAUGAGGGAGGGAUUUUAGAGAAAUGAAUGGCAGUCAAAAAUUCGUUAGACCUUCAUUUUAAAAAUAAACCUCAGAUGGUUCCAGAACAAGAGCCUAGUAUUGAAGAAAAAGUACCAGCAACAUUAAGAAAAUUUGGAGGCAAAAAUGAUUCGGUACAGAAAGUCCAAGUGUACUUAUCAACUGAGUGCAAUAUCGAUUCCUCAGUGGACAAUAUCCGUGAUAAAAAGCAAGAAAAUAAUACAGAAGCGAUGAAGCCACUAUCAAUAAGACCAAAAGAGCAUGCUUCUUUAUUCAAGUCCAAGAACAUUACUACCUCAAAGCAGGGGUGCAAGAGAUCUCCAAUAAUCACUACUGAGAAGAGAAGACGUCUUGGGCCCUAUAAGUGUAAAAAUACUCAGAAAAAAUUAGAGCGUUACCUUCGUCCAACAGGCUUAUAGCAAUAAUUAUUCAACUUUUUAUCUCUCA